UUUGAACUAUUGCCUGGUGGAAGUCUGCCUUAUUGGGUGCGUGCUCCAUAUUGGGGUUGUCCGCCCCCCGUGCUUAGGGCUCAGGGCGGUGCACCUGGGCCACUUCCCCUGUGUGGUGAGUUUACCUUUAUACUCUUUGGAGACCCUAACACCACAGAUGUAUUUUCGUUAAAAUCUAUUAUUCGGAUAACCCCAAGUCCCAAGCAUUUUGGGUAAAAAGGUCCCAUACCUGCAUAAAUAGCUUAGUUAAUUUAUAACCGUAUCAGCUGCUUAUGACCUUGGGAAGGUUCAUAUAUAACUUGCUGGUCACCCAUUUUUCAUUUGUAAUUUUUUAUCCCUAAGUUAAAUAAUUGUACCCUUAAGUAUCCUAGCGAUAACAGAAUAGGGCUUUUGGCUAGUUAUAUUGUCUACUGUUGUCCCAGCACAGCAAAUGCUUCCACGGAUCAUUCAUUUGGCUUUCAGUCCCCUUGCAGUACAUCUCAAUAUAAAGAUUUUAUAAAACAUAUAAGGCAGAGUUCUAUCAGCCAAUUCAGAUAAUGAGUUCAGACACUUUUGAGAUUGAAUUAUUUUCAGGUUAUUCUGUUUUAAACCUAAAUCUUUCCUGCACAAAUCAGAACUAGUGGUGCUGUCUUUUUGCUGACUAUACGUCCCUGAAAUGGCACACCCACUGACUAACCUUUCCUUUAGUGUGCUGGUAUGAGCUUCAUUUCAGUGAAUUGUGUAUUUUUUAAACAUGCAGACCUCAUCGUAUUGUGUCCCUUUAUUUACGGCAAGCAGCAAAUUUACUCCUGCUAUUCAUUAUGAUGCUUUGUCAUUGUUUAUGGUAAAAUAAAGAGCAGUUAUCCCUAAAUGCAACUUUGUGUUUUGACUAAAAUCAAGUUGCACAGGAAUGUUUUUGAGGUUGUGGGCGAUGCAAAGAACUACAGUUGUUUUAUGACCUCAAUUGCUGUUUAACUGAAUGAAUAUCAUUAUCUAUAGUUUUUUUUAGGCAUUAACCGUUAGUCUUUGUCACUAUUACUGAUGAACCACCAUUACAGUUUUUAGGGAAAUUGGUGCAGCUUAUUCUUUAAGUACUCAAAAGGUAUACACAUAGGAGUCAGUUUUACCUUGAGCAAGAAGCUCUCUUUUGCUUUUUAAGUUCUCCUUCUAUCUUUGACAGUGAAGAAGAUGUUUAAAGAGGUGUCUGCUGCACAUGCUUGCUGCCUCUGCUUCAAUGGAAAUCAAUCAGGCAUGUAUAAUACACAGUCAAAAAAAGAGAAGGAGAGCUUGGAAACCAAAAGGGGCAGAGCUUCCUACUAGACCAGGAAGUAGCUGAAAUGAGCUGCAGUUUUCAUCUUGUCAUUUAGAAAGUACAUGAUACUGAAUGCAGGGAGAAGAUCCACAGAGAUUCCGAAGGGAGGAAAAAAGAACCUGGUGUUGUGUGAGCAGUAUCCAGCUAAAGCCGAGGGAAAAGAACUGAAAAUAGUUGUACAGCCAGAAACACAGCAUCGCGCCAGAUAUCUAACAGAGGGAAGUCGGGGCUCUGUGAAAGAUCGGACACAACAGGGCUUUCCUACUGUAAAGCUGGAAGGUCAUAGUGAGUCUGUGGUGCUUCAAGUUUUUGUUGGUAAUGACUCUGGCAGAGCAAAGCCGCAUGGAUUUUACCAAGCUUGUAGGGUUACUGGGAGAAACACCACACCCUGCAAAGAAGUGGACAUAGAGGGUACAACAGUUAUUGAGGUUGUGCUUGAACCAAGCAAUAUGAUGACACUAGCGGUUGAUUGUGUUGGGAUCCUGAAGCUUCGGAAUGCAGAUGUAGAAGCACGGAUAGGAGUUGCAGGUUCUAAGAAAAAGAGCACUCGCGCCAGACUAGUGUUUCGAGUAAACAUCACUCGCUCAGAUGGCUCAGUUUUAACGCUUCAAACACCCUCUUCGCCUAUUCUCUGUACCCAGCCUGCUGGCGUCCCUGAAAUCCUAAAGAAGAGUUUACAUAGCUGCUCAGUGAAAGGGGAGGAGGAGGUCUUUCUGAUUGGCAAAAACUUUCUGAAAGGAGCAAAAGUUAUGUUCCAAGAAAAUAUUGCAGAUGACAAUUCAUGGAAAGCUGAAGCUGAAAUUGACAUGGAGUUAUUCCACCAGAAUCACCUUAUAGUGAAGGUUCCUCCUUUCCACGACCAGCUUAUUACUUCCCCUGUUUCAGUAGUUGUGUUUGUUGUGACAAAUGCAGGUCGAUCUCAUGAUGUUCAGUCUUUCACGUACACUCCAGAUCAAUCCAUUCCAGUAAGUGUUCUUAUAAAGAAAGAGAGCCCCAGCCCGGCACAGUCCUGCACUUUUGAAGACACUAUGAAAGCAACAGCACCGUCUGCCUGCAACACUGAUCAAGUGAGUUUGCUCCCAAGUACUCUGGGUUCCCCUCUUAAAUCAAGUGGUUUAAUCAAAAAUGAAGAUAGUGCUCCUAUGGAGAUGGCUGCUGAUCAGAGAUCCCCUCCUCUGUACAAAACAACCACCAUUGUAUCUGCUCAGCAGAAUCUAGAAAAUUCAUCACCCGCUGUAACACAUCUCCCUGCUGAUGGGGACCAACAGGCAUCAAUUCAAGUGCAGACAUUCAACACAGAACCUCUGUCCACCAUUCAGACCCAAGACAUCGCACAGCCCGGUAGUUAUCAGUCUGUGACCUCUCCGAGCCAGUGCCAGACUAAUGAUUCCAUAAUGCAGCCGACUGGACAAUUUCAGACUAUGGAUAGCCAACCCAGGGACAUGAUGCAGCCAGACAGCACCAUUGUCACACUUUCACAAAUGGCUGAAGUCACUCCACAAGCUCAGCAGUCCACAAUGCAAGAGCAAGCACAGACAUUACAACAACAAAUCACUACAGGCUUAUUCACCUCCUCAAGUACUGUCGACCAGUUACAAAAUGCGAUAAACCAGCUACAGUCUGGUAGCUUUCAGUCCAGUGUGAGUGGUGGUAAUACAAAUGUAGAUCUGGUCCAGCAGGUUCUGGACUCACAGCAGUUAUCUUGUGUACUUUUUUCUGGACAAGGCACAAAUGAAAGCAAGCAGGCCUCAGUUGGACAAGUUCAGGAGCGAAUUAGUGCCGGCAUAUUCCAACCAGUUGGUUCAAUACAAAGCAGUGCAAGUUCUGGGCUGUUUUCCUCCCCUGAAUCUGUGCAUUCCAGAUCAGAAAAUGUGCUUUCAGGUAGAACCGAUAGCCUUCUCCAGCAGGCUGAAAAUUCUUUGUCUAAUCAACAGCAAGCCAUGGAGACCACAGCAGCCCUAGUCAUGGAGAUGCAGCAAAGUAUUCUUCCCUCUGCUGGAACAAUUCAGUCUGACCUUUUCCAGACACAAAACUCUGGAACAGCAAAUAUUCAGUCUCCUGUCUAUCAGCACCAGCAAGGUUCUCAUUUAAUCCCUAGAUUGUCCACAAAUGAGGAGAUACCAAUGCAGUGUGAUAUGUUUGCUACUGAAGCGGUUCCUGGAAAUGAAAGCAGUGCAAGCCAGCAGCAGGUAUCUUCAUCUGGUUCAACUAUGUUCCAGCCUUCCAGCUCUACGGAUAAUGAUAAUGCUUCAGCGCAGGCAGAGCACAUGCAAAGAAAUGUGUUUCAAUCUAUGGUUCAAAUGCAACACAGCGGAGAAGCCCAGAAUCAAGUCAAUCUUUUUGCACCAGAAGACAUGCUUGGAGUUCAGACAAGUGGAAGCCAACAGCAGGGCAGCCGACUUUUCCCCCCUGGAGACUUAAUGACUCUUCAGUCUAGUAACUUCAUGCAACAGCCCCCUCACUCGCACACUACAAUUUAUCACUCACAGAACACAAUUGGGGAGAACCAGAGUAUAAACCAGGAAACUCCGGGUUCUCUUUUCCAUUCUACCAGCAACAUGGUGCAGCAUCAGAACAAUGCAUCUCAAGAUCAGAUCCAGUCUCCACUUUUCCAUCCACAAAACCCACUGUCUGUUCUGCAGAGUUCUUCUGUCACUGCGGAGCAGACCUCUUCUAACCUAUUCCUAGCUCAAAGCACUAUGAACUCACUGCAGAACAAUUCAGUGUCUCAAGAGAAGCAGCUCUCCUUUUUCACAAGUCAGAAUUCACUCCCUCAGCUCCAACCUGCCCCGACCACAGAACAGCAAGCUGCCUUUCAACAGCAAGCCCAACUGUCUCACAUUCAAAACUCAAUGAUAUCCCAAGAACAGCAGCAGCAAGCUUCACAAAAUAUGUAUCAGCCUCAGAACCAACAAACAUCAAUUUUCCAGGCAACUCGCUCAAUGGUUGGGAUUCAGAGUAGUCCAUCUUCUCAUGAGCAGAGACAAAACAUCCUAUUCAGCGCACAAAAUUCACUGUCUAACAUGGGAUCCCCAGAGCAGCAGCAAAACAUGCUUUAUAAUCCUGGACAGGAGCCAAUGUCCACCCAGGAACAGCAGAAUCAAGCUCUCUUUCAUUCCCAGAACAUGGAGUUCCAAUCUCAAAGCUCUGUUUCCACUCAGCACGAACAGCAGCAGCAGCAGUCUCCAAUGUUCCAUAAUUCUUCACAGCUUCAGCUUGUUCAGGCCUCCCCAUCCUCUCCACAGCAACAGGUUACAUUGUUUAUGUCCCCUGUUUCAAUGUCAGCCUUGCAGAACAGCAUGAACCAACAAGACCUGCAGCAAGCCAGUCUAUACACACAGUCUAUGCAGGGCAGUACCCCGCCUCCUCCUCAGCAGUCUAAUAUGUACCACAGCUCUACAGGUGGAACAAUGGGCCAAAUUCAGGGUCAGCCAACAUCAUCCCCACAGGCAUCAGGAAUGUUUUUGUUUGGGAUUCAAAGCACCUCUUUAGAUUGCGGUCAGCUGAUCUCCCAGGCUGCUGGUUCCAUACCCGAGCAGAUACUGGCUAUGGCACAGUCUGGUCAAUCCCAAGGAGAUGCUCAAUCAGUAACAUCAAUUCUAUCCCAACAAAUGACCGAUAAUCCAUCAAUGACCUCUGAUCAGAACAUGGAGAAGAUCAGCGAUUUGUUGGUAUCUCUGCAGAACCAGGGGACCUGUUUGCCUGGCUCUUUCUAACCAGUAAAGCAGGAACUAUGAGAAGGUUGCCAGACUUGCAUAGUAAAACUGGAUUAUUCUGUACAUCUACUAUGGUCCAAACAGAAUUGGUUUGUAGUGUCACGCCCCAGCCUGUUUGUGUCCUCUGUUGGUAUUUUCUGACCAAGGCUACAAAGCCAAUAGAAAGUCAUACUCCAGAAAGCAAUAGCUGUGAGAGGCCUGGUUUGUGGUUGUCAUUCUGCCAGCUUUCAGGCCUGGACAUUCAGCAGUCAUUGCUUUCUACACCUGCACCUGUUGUAAUGUUUACCAUUUUGUUUGAUCAUUGUUCACAUACGUCUGUGUGUAAAGUAGGUUUGCGUGUAAAUAUGUAUGUACAUAAAAUGAUAAAAUAUAUUUUUGUCUAUGAACUUUCCCUCAAGGAAAACCUAUUUUGCCCAUUCAAGAAGCUGUGAUGUCUGUCACAUGUAGUGUUAAACGUAUACAGCGCUCAUGCAGUUCUCAUCACUGCUGAGUUAGCAUUGCACAUGGGUCAGUGAAGUGUUUGUGAAGUAAAGCAGGUCUGGAUCCAAGGCAGCUGACCCCAAGAGGUCUGGCUCUGGAAGUCUCCUCUGUUUCUUUUAAUCUUGUGUUUGUCUUGAAUAUGCUCCUUUAGGCUAAGCAAGGUGCUCCAGCUAGAACAUAUUCCUUUCCCUGGUUAUGUCUUAUAUAAAUGAUUUCUCUGUCUGUCCCCUUCUUGUUACGUGGGAGGGGAGGUGGUUCUAAGCUCCCCAUGUCACAUCAGUAAUGCUGCACUUUGUGUAAUAAGAAGUCUUUCUCUAACUGAGUUGUAUUUUGUUCCUGAGCCAUGUAGAUAAGUUUUAUUGUUACCUUCCCUCUUUCCUUUGUGUCUGUCUGUCGUUUUCUUUAAUAGCUCCUCAAAGGAGACUUUUAACGGUUUCAGUAGCGCGGGUUUUUGCCGACAUGAAGGGAACCGUCUCAGAGAGAGGUAAUUUAAUUUUGAAUACAGUUUUAUGUCGUUCAAAACAUUUGGAUGGUUUUUAAUCUAAUGCGUUUCAUUUUAUGGAAAGCUAUAUUUUCUAUUUAGGAACUGGCAGUUGCUAGAUGUACUGAUAAAGUGCAUUAGCAGAAGUCUAUAUAAAUAUGCAUAUUAAAAGUUUAUAUAGAUACUAUAUAUAUAUAUACAUAUACACUUUUGCACAGUGUGGCAGAUUUUGUAAGUCUUUGGGGUAUAUUUAUCAAAGAGUGAAGUUAGAGAUCACCACAGUCCACUAGAGUGAAAUUCCGCCACUCUCCAUUCAUUUUUAUGGGAUUUUUACAGACAUAUUUAAGUAUGAGGUUUCACUUUCACCCAUUGAUAAAUACUCUUUAAAAAUCCCAUAUAAAUAAUUGGAGAGUGGCGGAAUGUCACUCUAGAGGACUGUGCGAUCUCUAACUUCACUCUUUGAUAAAUAUACCCCUUUGUCUCUGUAGCUCCCUGUAUUUGAUAUAAAGUGAGAACUGGAUGUUUGUUGCUCCUUGGGCGCAGCUUCUAGUAGAGAGAGGUGGCUUUGUGGUGGUCCCUGCUGGGUUUUGUACAUCAGUGUUUGCAGUCCAGAUAAAAUAAUUUUUACUAUAUUGGUCAGUCUACUGUGUUCUGUCUUUCGGUACUUUAGUGUGAUGCAAACACAGCCAGUGGCUGGUUCAUCUCAUUACCUUUGUUUCAUAGCAAGGAAGUUGACUGCUGGACACAUUACUAAAUACAUAUUUUUUUUUUAAACCAAACUCUCUUAAACUCCGGUAUUCCAAUAUGGCCGUAACAUGUAGUAACACACCAAUAAAUACUAAUUGCAGCAAAGAUCUGCAGUGUUAGGUGUCCUCCAUUUUCCAAGAUGUCACUUUUUUUUUUUUCUUGGCUGGUUCCCUUUUAUAAAUAUCCCAGUGGUGCAAAGGCCCAGCCUAUCAGUAUUUGUAUACAUAUCCCCCCAAGAGCAGACCAGGCCCCUAGUGUUAUAUAAGCUCUAGAAUUACUUCUAUAACCUGUCCCAUUUACCAUCUGCUACUGUCUCCAUCUGAUUAUUUUUUAGGGUGGAUCCUGGAUGUCAGAUUCUCUGGGUGGCACUAGGAGUCCCACGCACUGAGAAUGUCAAAAAGGGUUUAAUUUGCCCCACUUUUUCAAACCAUUUAUAACAUUUUCACUGCAGCCUAUGGAGUUUUAAGAGUUCCAAGUUUGUGGCUAUUUCUUUGUAUCAUCCUCGUGUCAUGGAUGCCAUUCAGUAAUUUAUACUAUGUUACUAUUUAUUAUCCUUUAUUUAUGUAACACCAACACGUUUGUGCAAUACUAUACAGAGAUUAUACAUCACUGACAUCGGCCCCUGCCCCAAUUGAGUUUA